AGAUUCUCUAUGUUUGAUAUUGUAUGAUACAAAGCUUCAAGAAAGGUCGUACUUGCCACUGCUGAUUGAAUGUUAUGUUACCAUUUUGCACACCCGAAAAGUAAGAAAAUAUAAUGGAUAGUGUCAAAGAGGACUUCGAAGUAGAAUCCGAGAAGGAACCCGAAAUGAAAGCGACAAUAAAAACGUCGAAUUUUCUGCAGAUAAAGCAUGAUUGGUAUCAAACAGAAACUCACAUUUUUGUGUCAAUACUCGCAAAAAAAUCAAUGGAUGUGGAAGUUAAUUAUGAAACAAAUACGCUAAGUGUAUCUGCUCAGUUGCCAUUUAAUAAUAAAUAUAGUUUAAAAAUAAAUUUGGCUUAUCCAGUUAUAGUUGAACAAUGUUAUCACAAAGUAUUAGCAUCUAAGAUAGAAAUCAAACUGAAAAAGCAAGAGGAUAUUAUGUGGCCGACGUUAGAAGGAGAACCAGAUGUACUAAAUGCAAAGGAACCACCAAGUGAAUCAGGUAUUGAACGAAAGUGUAAAUAUCCAAGCUCCAGUAAAAUAUACAAGGAUUGGAAUAAGAUAGAAAAGGAAAUAGAGAAACAGGAGGCAGCAGAAUUAACAGACAGUGAGACAGCAAUAAAUUCCCUUUUCCAAAAAAUAUAUGGUGGUGGAUCGGAUGAAGUGAGACGUGCGAUGAAUAAAUCUUUUAUAGAAUCUGGCGGCACUGUUUUAAGUACCAAUUGGGGUGAAGUAGAAAAACAACCAGUGCAAAAAAAACCACCUGCAGGAAUGGAAUGGAAAUCUUGGAAUUCAUAACUUGUAACAAUUUUUUAAAUAUUAUUGUUUUUAUUGUUUCUUUCAUGCAUAAUUGUAUUUAAUUCUCAAUUAUCAUACGAUAAAAUGUCCGUAAUUUUGUAAAGUUUUCCCUCAGUUCAUAUUUUUUCAUUCAUUAUUUUAAUGUGUUCAAUCUACAGAAUAAUAACGUUAUUUUAAUUUUAUAUACACUUGCGUGAUAUGGAAAAUGCAAAUGCUAGUAAAAAGAAUGUUCUCUGUUUUACGAGUUAAUUUUUGAUUUGUAAAAUAAUUUUUUAUCAUUAAUCAUAUUUGAUAUAUCAUGAACUGUGCAUAUUAUAUAAACAUUCGGUUGUAUUUGCGUAAGAUAUAUUUUAUUGACAAAAAUGUAUAUUAACGUUUUCACUUCAUACUUUUCCUAACAUUUCUCUUUCUGUAAUAUAUUACAUAUUGUUUAAUAAUAAAAAAAGUAAUAAUUCUUUCAAA